AUGACCUCUGUUCCAGUGAAGAAAGCUCUUACUACGCUACUGCGCGAUCCCGGCAACGCCUCAUGUGCGGACUGCAAGUCUCAGUCGCACCCAAGGUGGGCAUCGUGGUCUCUGGGUGUGUUCAUAUGUAUCAAAUGUGCCGGUGUGCACAGGUCCCUGGGGACACAUAUCUCGAAGGUCAAGUCUGUUGACCUGGAUACGUGGAAGGAGGAGCACUUGAAAGAGCUAGUGCAGAUGAGGAACAACGUUAACGCAAACAGAGUAUACGAGGCGAAGCUGCCCGACAGUUCGAAGUUCAACGGGAAGAGCCUCGGUAACGACAUCAACUUGUUGCAAGAGUUCAUCAGGCAGAAGUACGAGCGUAAGCGCUGGAUGGACAGCAGUGUGGACCUAUCCCGCGACCAGCCGGUGGUUAGCCAAGCCAACAGCUCAUCGAGCUCUCUGGUGUCCACAAUGUCCUCGUCUAAUGAGUCAACGAACAACACCGUUGCUGUUGAAGAGAAGUUGAAACCACAAAGCACGCAUAGCUCAAGCCUGCUGAACUUACAAGGCCGCAAAGAGAUAGUGGAAAAUAAGAGGCCCGCAAGACCCACCCAGCAGGACACACCGCAACGAAACGACCUGAAGAAGUCUAUACUAUCAUUGUACUCCAGUGCCAACGCCAGCAAGAGCAACAACAACAGCACUAUGAACGUAUCCAGCGGCAUGGGCAUGACUACACCGUUCAACACUACACCACAGAAUAACUCAUCGCUCUCCAUCGAUGACGAUGAGCUAUUCAAGAAUGUCUGGAGUUGA